AUGGCCUCCCCCGGUUCCUCCGGCACCACCCGCAGCAGCCGCACCAACCCGUUCAACGGUCCCGACUCCGUCGUCAUCCGCGAUCUCAACAUCCUCGCUCGGGUUCCCGUCGUUCUCGAUCAUCUCUCCUCCACCUAUUAUGCCUGGAAGACGUACUUCUCCCUUGUGUUCCGUGAGUACAACCUCCGGGAUCACAUCGAUGGCUCCGUGGAUUCCCGCUUCAUGGAGGACGAUGAGGAGUGGACGUCCAUCGACGCCACUCUCAUCCGUUGGUUCUACACCACCAUCUCGAAGGACCUCUUCCACACGGUGGUCUCCGCCGACGAUGAUGCUCACGCCGUUUGGACCAAGCUCAACGGCCUCUUCACCGACAACGCGCUCCAACGCAAGGUUUUCUUCCACGGCGAGUUUUUUGGGUGCCAGCAGCUCGACUCGUCUGUUGACGAUUAUUGCAUGCGCCUCAAGAAGCUUGUUGACGAGCUCCGUGACCUCGGUGAGAAGGUCUCCGAUGAGCUUCUUCUUAGCACCCUCAUCGCCGGCCUGAACGACAACUUCAGGAACGCCGCCUCCAACAUCCCUCUCAUCACCAACCCGACGUUCCCCAAGAUCGUCACGUACCUGAAGCUGGAGGAGAGGAGGAUGCGGAUGUCGCGCACCCCGGCCACCCACACGGCCCUCACCACCGGUACCCGCGGCGGUGCGCCGCCCACCGCGGCCCGCCCCGGGCCCCUUCCAGGCGCCGCCGCCGCCCGGCAGCAGCUCCCGGCGGCGCCCUGGCAGGCCGGCCAGAACCCCUGGACGAGGGUCGUUCAUGCGUACUCCAUGCCUGUACCGCGCGCCCCUGUCCCUGGCUUCUUCGGCGCCCGCCGGGCCUCUCAUCAGGUGCUUCACGCGGCCCCUCAGUCGUACCCGCCCGCGCCGCUCUACGGCCCCUCUGCGGCCUAUGGGCUGCCUUUGGCCGGUGGGUUCGCGGCGCCGCUGCCCUCGGCCCCGGCCCUCCCGCCAGCGCCUUGGGACCCUGCGCUUCUAGCGGACCUCCACAAUGCCCCCAUGCCACAGCAGCACACUGGCGGUGGCGACUGGUAUAUGGACACCGGAGCCACGGCUCACAUGGCCGCCAACCCCGGAUGCCCGUACCCGGAUGGUGCUCCACCGAUGUGA